GCUCCGCCUCCGCCCCGGCACUGCUCGCGCGGCGUUGGUGAGGCCGGACCGGGCCGGGCCGGACCGGUACCGGUGCCGGGGCUGGGACCCGGCUGGAACCCGCCUGCAGGGCUGACCGAGAUGUGGCCGCUCCGCCUGAGCAGGGCCCUGCAGCGAUGUGGUGGCCAGGUAGCCAUCAGCAGCCAGCGGGCACAGCACGGCACAGCCACGGCUGCUGCCACCAGGCCCGUGCCUGGCUGGACGGGGCAGGAGAGCUUGGCUGAGAGUGACCCCGAGAUGUGGAACCUGGUCCAGAAGGAGAAGGAUCGGCAGUGCAGGGGGCUGGAGCUCAUCGCCUCCGAGAAUUUCUGUAGCCGAGCAGCACUGGAAGCCCUGGGCUCUUGCCUCAACAACAAGUACUCAGAGGGGUACCCCGGCAAGAGGUACUACGGAGGAGCCGAAGUGGUGGAUCAGAUUGAGCUGCUGUGUGAGCAGAGGGCUCUGGAGGCGUUUGACCUGGAUCCUGCCCGCUGGGGUGUCAAUGUUCAACCCUACUCAGGCUCUCCAGCCAACUUCGCAGCCUACACAGCUCUGCUGCAGCCCCACGACCGUCUGAUGGGGUUGGACCUGCCUGAUGGGGGCCACCUCACACAUGGGUACAUGUCAGACAUCAAGAGAAUCUCAGCAACAUCCAUCUUCUUCGAAUCAAUGCCCUACAAACUUAACCCAGCCACGGGGCUGAUUGACUAUGACCAACUGGAGGUGACAGCGCGGCUCUUCCGUCCCCGUCUCAUCAUCGCCGGCACCAGCGCCUACGCCCGCCUCAUCGACUACAGCAGGAUGAAGAAGGUGUGCGAGGAGGUGAAGGCGUACCUGCUGGCGGACAUGGCGCACAUCAGUGGGCUGGUGGCAGCCAAGGUCAUCCCUUCACCCUUUGAGCACGCUGAUGUGGUCACCAGCACCACACACAAGACCCUGCGUGGCGCCAGGUCAGGACUGAUCUUCUAUCGCAAGGGUGUGCGCUCGGUGGAUAAAAAAACAGGCAAGGAAAUACUCUACGACCUGGAGGACAGGAUCAACUUUUCUGUCUUCCCUGCCCUGCAAGGAGGGCCCCACAACCACACCAUUGCUGCUGUGGCUGUGGCACUCAAACAGGCCAGCUCUCCAGCUUUCCGCCAGUACUGCCAGCAGGUGCUGAAGAAUGCCAAAGCCAUGGCACAGGCACUGCUCCAGCGUGGGUACACCCUGGUGUCAGGUGGCACUGACAACCACUUGGUGCUGGUGGAUCUGCGGCCCAAGGGCAUCGACGGGGCACGGGCUGAGCGGGUGCUGGAACUCGUCUCCAUCACUGCCAACAAGAACACCUGCCCAGGGGACAAGAGUGCACUCACACCAGGGGGGCUGCGCCUGGGUGCCCCUGCUCUGACCUCACGCCACUUCCAUGAGGAGGAUUUCCAGAAAGUUGUGGCUUUCAUCGACGAGGGCAUUGCCCUGGCCUUGGAUGUCAAGAGCAAAACCAACAAGCUCCAGGACUUCAAGACCUUCUUGCUGCAGGACCUGGAGACGCAGCAACGCUUGGCUGACCUGCGCCAGCGCGUGGAGACCUUCGCUCGUGCCUUCCCCAUGCCUGGCUUCAGCGACCACUGAGGGGGGGUCUCACCCCUCCUGCUGGGCUGGGACUACCUGGGGGCAAGGGGAAGCCUAAACCCCCCCUCCCCAGUCUGCAUUCCCUUCUCCCCUUCAUCCCUUCACCAGCACCUUUGGGAUCGGUCACUCCCUCCCUGGGGUGGGGGACAGCCCCCCCACCCUGUCCUGCUCUCAGUGUUAGGGUACAGAGAUGAUCCCCAGACCCUGAUGGGGGAGACCCCAGUCCUUGCUGAUCCCCACUGUCUGAGCAAGUCUCACACUUCUCUACAGUGGGGAGGUUGCCAAUAAAAGUGGGGGGAGAGCCUGCCUCU